CGGGAGGCGGGGCCGGCGGGAGGCGGCCUUUGUCCGGGGUUGGGCGCCAUUUUGCGCGGAGGCGCUGAUUGGGCUGCGGCGGGCGGCGGCGGAGCCAAUCAGUGGCGGGGCCCAACCGGGGGAGCGAGGCCCGGCUACGCGGACUGAGGCGUGCCUGGAUCAGCGUUGGAACUGAAGCGCCAUGGAGCAGUACACAGCCAACAGUAACAGCUCCACAGAGCAGAUCGUCGUGCAAGCUGGGCAGAUCCAGCAGCAGCAGCAGGGUGGUGUCACUGCUGUCCAGCUGCAGACUGAGGCUCAGGUGGCAUCCGCCUCAGGCCAGCAAGUCCAGACCCUCCAGGUAGUCCAGGGUCAGCCGUUAAUGGUGCAGGUGAGCGGAGGCCAGCUGAUCACAUCAACCGGGCAGCCGAUCAUGGUGCAGGCGGUGCCCGGCGGUCAGGGCCAGACAAUCAUGCAAGUCCCGGUUUCCGGCACCCAGGGACUGCAGCAGAUUCAGUUGGUCCAGCCAGGUCAGAUUCAGAUUCAAGGUGGGCAGGCUGUGCAGGUACAGGGGCAGCAGGGCCAGACCCAGCAGAUCAUUAUACAGCAGCCACAGACUGCAGUUACUGCUGGCCAGACACAGACUCAGCAACAAAUAGCAGUUCAAGGACAACAGGUAGCCCAAACGGCUGAAGGGCAGACCAUAGUCUAUCAGCCAGUCAAUGCUGAUGGAACCAUUCUCCAACAAGUUACAGUCCCUGUUACAGGCAUGAUCACCAUUCCAGCAGCCAGUUUGGCUGGAGCUCAAAUUGUCCAAGCGGGAGCCAACACCAACACCACCAGCAGCGGACAGGGGACCGUUACAGUGACGCUGCCAGUUGCUGGAAAUGUUGUCAACUCCGGGGGCAUGGUUAUGAUGGUACCUGGGGCUGGAUCAGUACCAGCUAUCCAGAGAAUACCUUUGCCUGGAGCAGAGAUGCUCGAAGAAGAGCCCCUGUAUGUAAAUGCCAAACAGUAUCACCGGAUCCUUAAGAGGAGGCAGGCACGUGCGAAGCUUGAAGCAGAGGGGAAAAUUCCCAAAGAAAGAAGGAAAUACUUGCACGAAUCUCGGCAUCGUCACGCCAUGGCCAGGAAGCGAGGAGAAGGUGGACGGUUCUUCUCACCAAAGGAGAAGGACAGCCCUCAUAUGCAGGAUCCAUCUCAGGCCAACGAAGAAGCAAUGACACAGAUGAUCAGAGUCUCCUAAUCACUGCUUAAAGAAAAACGAAACUGAAUUCCUGUCCCUUCUGCAAGUCUGUCCUCCCUUACCAGUGCAUCAAGCAAGUCUUUCAAUGGGACAAUCGCCGUAUCGCAGCCUAUCCUUUUCUACAGAGCAAGCACCACGUUUUCAGUGUGUGGUCAAGAUUUUAACUGCAGUUGACUCAACAAACAGAAACUUAAUGACUUUCUUGGUAUACUCUGAUUCAGCGCAGGGAUUUCAAAGUCUGACUGCUCAUGCCUUUUUUUCUUUAUAACAUCUCUUGCAUUAAAAUUGGCCGUGGUGAGAGUGUGCCACUGACUGACCAGCAAUAACUGGCAUGCUGAAGCAGGGCCAGCAAAGACCUCUUGGAGUUGUGGCCCUUCUGUACAGAGACAUAAUCCAACUUAGAGCAACCAGCACUGAUGUGACUACACCACAGUACUUUGUUUUCCCAGUAGAGACUUACUUAUAUCCACUUCUUACACCGUUGGACCUCACUGUCAACUGAACUGUUCACUGCUCUUGCAUUUGCGCUUGUGAGACUGACAGAAACUGAAGGGGGUUCUCUUAAGCUCUGCUCUGUAAAAUGGGUAAACAGCAAGCUCUGCUCUGGGCAAAGUUCAGCCGUCAAGUCAAAAUAAUAGAAACGGUUUGAGGUUAUUACAGGACUUGAUUUAUUGUGUAUUUGGUCCAAGAAGUACAGGGAGAGGUUUGAUGUGAGGAUAAGGAUUUAACUAGUAAAAGCAAUGUUCUGGUGGUUCUUGGUAUGUUUAUCGCUAGCAGUUGAUGCUUUGGAAGAAGAGUGGAUGGUAGUAUAAACGGAUUAAAACUUCCAAGUGAGUAUCUUUCUUCUAACCUGCCAGUCCAGUGCAUGGUUUCUCCAAAAGAAAUAAAAUCUGCAGUCCCAGAGUGAUAGCACUUGACCAUCUUUUUGACAGUGUUUCUUGAUGUCUGUUCUAAAUCAGUUCCAAAAAUUCUCUCCGGUGCAGAGUGAGGGUUUGUUUCAGGACAGCUCAGCUCAUCCUGAUGUAACUGAAGGACUGUUAAAGAAAUGAAGGCAGAUAGUGAUGAACCUUUCAGGCUUUUUACAGACUGUCCUCUUAAAUAAGAAUUUAAAAAGUGGCACUUCAGGAAGGAGGAGAACUUGUAUUUUUAAAAAAGGGAUUUUCCAUGACGUAUGGCUGGUUUCUGGCUGCAUUUUGACAAAGCUUAGCUUUAUCUUUCAGUUGCUAAUGACAGAUUUUUAAGCUUGCUCCAUUCUUACUGAUGUGAAACGUGGUGAUGGAGGCGGUAGUUCAGGAGCCUUUUAGCAGAUGACACUUACAUCCUUCCAUGCCCAUCUUCUCCCAUCUUGACUGAAUUCUGACUGUGUGUCACCUGCAUAGUCUCCUCUCUUCCAUUUUUUGUGUUUUGUAGUUAAAACUGAGUCACAGCCCUCAAGCAUGGGCUUGGAAAUAGAGCCAGAUGUGGCUGGGGGUCUGGAGGGUGUUGAUUAAAAACACAAAAAGGGAAAGUGUCAGAGGGGAGAGGUUUUAUUCUGGGGAAAAUAGCCAAGGAGAGGAGAGACUGAUUUAAAUUUGGUGAACUUUAUUUCCAUGUGAAAAGAGAAGUAAAUGCAACUUAGAGUUUUCUAACUAUAUUAUCUCCCUGUUACAUUUUUCCCAUUUACUGAAAGCUUAUGGCUAGAAGCAAAACUGGAGAAAUCAGCAAGUGCUAAAAGGCUGGGAGGAUACAAAAAGACCCAGCUUUGACCAUUCUGUUAAGGUAAAAGAGAAAUACACUAAACCUACAAGUAUGAAAAGAUGGGAAGAAAUAAGAGGAAGGAACAGAAAUGUGGAGAGAUGUUAGGUGCUACGCUGCCAGCAGGCAGCCUGGGAGGCAGAGUAUUCCUGCUUAGAUACUAAGGAAGGCAGUGCUUUGAUCGGCCACCUCUGAAGUACGUAGUGAAAGUACCGAGAAGAAAAGCAGAUUUGGUAUUUACAGUUAGCUGGGUUUUGAAAUGAAGUUGAUUCUCUUCUGAACUUGUAGCUCGGUGUUCUUACCCUGACUACAUCUGACACAGUGAACUGAAACUGAGAAACUUCUGUGCAGGGACAUCUGCAGCUAUAGGAGGAGGUGGAAGCCUUGUUCUAAACCUUUUGUUUGGAAUUUUGUCUUAAAUUACGUCAGUAAUCCAACGCUCUUCUCACAAAUUUUCCAUGAGGGCUUUUUCUAACUAUUCAGAAAGCAUUGAUGGCAUCGUUGGUGCCUUUGGUUGCUUCUGCCUUAAAGUACUUGGCCAGUUGGUGCUCGUUUUCUUCAGUUGGCAACUACAAAAUCUGCGCCUGGCGUUUCUUGUGAGGUCACCCAUUUCAGGUCUUUCAGUGAAGGAAUGACAACUUCUGCUUUAGUUGAAUUUGCAGCAUUAUUGUAAAUACUUUUUGAGAGCAUCUGUACAUUUUGUCAGUAGAAUAUUCAUGUGCUGAAGCAAGACAGCCUCUCCAUUACCUGUCUGCUCUUCAACUGAGAGCUGAUCUCUGUCCUGGAGAGCCCCCUCAGAGAGCUGGGAGUUAGAGAAGCAGAGUUUAUUGCUCUGACAUAUUAAUGCUUUCUCUCCUUCCCUUUCUCUUUUUUUUUUCUCUUUUGUGAAUAAUUACAUCUUUAAUUCUUAAAGAAGUUGUGAACUUCUUCAGAGCAGCUAGAGCUUUUUUUCCCAGGAAGCCCUUCAUACAGAGGUUCUCUGAUCUGUUGUAGAAAGUGUAUUAAGGCCUACGGGUUUGUGUUAUUUAGGAAGUCGUACUGUUAAUACUUUAGCGACGUGAAAGCCUGAAUGCUACCGUCAGGUUUUGCAUUUGCUUUAGGUUGUGUGUGUUCACUUCUAAAAGUAGUGUUUGCUUGGUGAGAUUGGAGGUGUCAGUCAAUGUGAUUGACCCACGUUACCAGCAGUCUGCUUUCUUUUCCUGGGUAAACUUGUUAAAGUGGAGACAUCACCAAGUUCAAACCUCUCUAGUGAUUAAAUGAGAAAUCUCUGUGGAUUGGCUACACUUGAGCAAAAUCUCCACUUUGGGAGUGCAUAAAAGUGUGGAUGAGGAUAAAAGAAUAGGCUUGGGGAGAAUGUGGAAUGUAGUUGGUAGACCAAGGAACCCUGGAGCAGUGAACCUAUCAAAAACGAAAAAAACACUUGUUCAAAGAAUGAGAUGUAGAAAAUGGUCCUCAAGUGAUGCUAAGCUAAGCGGCUUCAAGGCUUUGCAUGUUAAAAAGAGGGGAGGGUGGAAAAAAUGUUCUUGUGAAUGGGUGGGGGGGGUACUGAGAUUUGCGUAAUGUAAGGCAAAGUUUGUAUAUAGUUAAAAGUUUAUAAUUUUUUUUAUAUAAUGCAUUUUUUCAAGUGUAUUUUGGUCUUUAAUAGAUGCAAUUGUAAGUACUGUGUACACUAUCCAGCUAAUAAAAAUUUAUAAACCAAGAA